AUGGAUUAUUCUCAAGCCCCUCAAGCCCAUUCUCAAGCCCAUUCUCCGGACUAUCACGUCUCCCCGUUUCUCUUACUACCGUAUCACAUCCGCCAUGAAAUCUACUUGUUUGUCCUCGAGUAUCCAGAUCUUCGCCCGAUAUUUGCACGUAUGGAGUACCGGUUCGCUCGAGGCGAAGCCACACACGACAGGACGAGGCUCCCAAAAUGUAUCCUCCCAACGCCCCAUGUCCCGGCGCGGCUGAAGAUCACUCCGGGUAUCUUCCUGUGCAAUAGACAAAUUGCCAGCGAAGCGCGAGAAGCCAUGAAGUUCAAAGUGUUUACUCUCCAGAGACCACCGCCAUAUACGAUGACACUGGGGAGGCCCAUGGACAUCACCGAGUUCAUCAGCCAAGACACGCUGAAGAAUAUGCGGCGGGUAGAAUUGGUGAUGAACCUUUUCGACGAUGCCAGGGGAUGGGGCAAGACUGUAGAGAUCCUUUUGGAUGUCUGGAGCUCAGCAAACUAUCUGAAGAAGCUGGAGAUAAACCUAGAGCAGCCGGAGGAACUGCCGCCUGGAACAAUGUGGCACGAGAGAUCUUCCGGAUAUGUGAUCAAAAUACUAUCCAUGAUCCAGAGUUUUGCAAGAGAGGAUGGAAUUGAGUUGACAGGAACGCCGCUCCCAGCACUCAACGUCAAGAAGGCAAAUGCAGACUGGUAA